AAGCUGAAUUCUGACUCCACCGAAUGCCCAUAUCCAGGAGCUGUUAAGGAUUGUGGUUUUAAUGGAUUCCAGUUGUUAUUCUGUAAUAUGAUCAACUGGGGCAGUGUUCAGCAGAAGACACGGCUUCUGUCAAGGAACCAGCCUUUAAAUUGUUAGAAAUGAUGCUCUGAAGACAAGACCAAGCUGUUCAAACCCUCCUCCUAAACCAGUUAUUCACCAAAAUAACCUCAGCAGGAGGAUGAAAACUGCUUGAGAGCUCCCAGUGAUUCUGCUCUGUGGCUUUCCAGCCUCUCACUCCUCAGGAAACCAUCCAAGGAAGGUGACAUGAGAUCCAAAGCAAUCAAACAAGCUUCCCCAACCUACCUUCCAAAGGUCUGUCCAGGAGGAAGGGAAUUCCAGGAGUUGGGUGCAGUGCUGGRAGCUUCUUUGACACUUAACAGCUGGAUGGGAGAUGCUGUUGCAAAGAGAGGCAGGUGAUCCCGGCCGGUGCCGUCCCCUCCCGUGAGGGCGGCGGAGGAGCAGCUCGCCAUGCCCACGGUGGUGGUGAUGGAUGUGUCGCUGUCCAUGACGCGGCCGGUGUCGGUCGAGGGCUCCGAGGAGUACCAGCGCAAGCACCUGGCUGCCCACGGGCUCACCAUGCUCUUCGAGCAUAUGGCCACCAACUACAAGCUGGAGUUCACGGCCUUGGUGGUGUUUUCAUCGCUCUGGGAGCUGAUGGUGCCCUUUACCAGAGACUACAACACGCUCCAGGAAGCCCUGAGUAACAUGGACGAUUAUGACAAAACCUGUUUGGAGUCGGCGCUGCUGGGGGUUUGCAAUAUUGUCCAGCAGGAAUGGGGGGCAGCAAUUCCUUGCCAGGUUGUCCUGGUCACUGACGGCUGCCUUGGCAUCGGCAGAGGCUCCCUGCGUCACUCUCUGGCCACUCACAGCCAGCGCAGCGAAAGCAACAGGUUCCCACUGCCCUUCCCGUUCCCAUCCAAGCUCUAUGUCAUGUGCAUGGCCAAUCUGGAAGAGCUUCAAAGCACAGAUUCCUUAGAUUGCCUGGAAAGGCUCAUUGAUUUAAACAAUGGGGAAGGGCAGAUUUUCACUAUUGAUGGCCCCCUGUGUCUGAAGAAUGUGCAAUCCAUGUUUGGAAAGCUAAUAGACCUGGCUUAUACUCCAUUCCAUGCUGUUCUCAAGUGUGGCCACUUAACAUCUGAUGUGCAAGUAUUUCCCAGACCAGAGCCUUUCAUUAUAGAUGAGGAAAUAGACCCCAUUCCUAAAGCAAUUAAUACAGAUCUAGAAAUUGUUGGGUUUGUAGAUAUAGCUGAUAUUUCCAGCCCUCCUGUCUUGUCCAGACACUUGGUACUGCCCAUUGCACUUAACAGAGAAGGGGAUGAGGUGGGACCUGGGAUCACAGAUGACACCGAAGAUGAGAAUUCCGCUAAUCAGAUUGCUGGGAAAAUCCCCAACUUCUGUGUUUUAUUACAUGGCAGCCUGAAAGUGGAAGGCAUGGUGGCUCUCGUCCAGUUGGGGCCAGAGUGGUAUGGAAUGCUUUAUUCACAAGCUGAUAGCAAGAAGAAAUCAAACCUCAUGAUGUCACUCUUUGAACCGGGUCCUGAGCCCCUCCCAUGGCUGGGGAAGAUGGCACAGCUUGGCCCCAUUUCAGAUGCAAAAGAAAAUCCUUAUGGGGAGGAUGACAAUAAGAGCCCUUUCCCUUUGCAGCCCAAGAACAAGCGCAGCUACGCUCAGAAUGUCACUGUSUGGAUUAAACCCAGUGGCCUUCAGACAGAUGUACAGAAGAUCUUGAGAAAUGCAAGGAAACUCCCUGAAAAAACACAAACCUUCUAUAAAGAGCUGAAUCGUUUACGGAAGGCAGCCCUGGCCUUUGGCUUUCUGGAGCUGCUGAAGGGCGUGGCAGACAUGCUGGAGCGGGAGUGCACCCUGCUCCCCGACACAGCGCACCCAGACGCCGCCUUCCAGCUCACACACGCGGCCCAGCAGCUCAAAGUGGCAAGUACUGGAGCCUCAGAAUACGCUGCCUAUGAUCAUAACAUUGCUCCUCUGCAGACAGACUUUUCCAGUACCAGCACUGAGAGAAUGUGAAGUYUCCAAUUUGGGAGCUUCGCUAGAUUAAGGUUCAAGUGGUUCAAAUUUUCUUCUGUUUACUUUUUAGGGCCUAUUCAGUUACUGUUUGAAGAACUUCCUAUCCAAACAGGGAAGUUUUGCAUCAGUGCUCUCUGAACAAACGUAGCUGGUUUGUGGUGGCUUUAGUCAGACCUGGAAACUGUGGAAAGUGUCCCAAAGCCAAUUAUGGUGUUGAAUGAUGGAUGAAAGUUUUUUGGUACAUGUGAGGAGAGGAAAAAAUGCCAUUGUAGGCAGUUCUUGGCUUCUGGCCUCCCCRAAAUGCAGUUACUAUGUAACUGACCUUGCUGGUAAAAGUACCCUAAAAAGCAGCUACUACACUUUAGACAUCAACUUGAUUAGUCCAAAGAAAAUGUCUGAGAAGCACCCUGCAAGAUCAGACACAGAGCUGAUUUUGGGGUGUUGGGCCUGACUUUAUGCCCAACUUGACAGGCAGUCURUACUGAGCGUUAUCACUUGCAUUGCAAUGCUUGUGAAAAUAACUUAAUCUUGGGACAUGUUUUUUACUUGCAAAAUAUAAAUAAAGAGUAAUUCUUCAUGAAAAUUUAAGUUGGAUUUGUUCCAUUUUCAUAGCAACCAGGYUGUGUGGCCCAAAACACGGACCUGGUGAAGGUUCAGCUCCCAGCUGUUUAUCACAAGUGGAAYAGCAAAUUAUACAACUUCUCAGGAAGUUGUAUAAAUUGAAAGAAUA